CAAUCAAACCGUCUCAGUUGUCGGUGAGGCCGGCUGGGCGGAUCCUCAGUAUUGAAAGAGAAAAUAAAGCAACACAAUAAAAACAUCUUGGCUAUUGCAUUUCUCUCGUGAACAAGCUCCACCGUGGAUACAUAGAGCAUAACGAUGCCCUCAGCGAUGAAUGGCAACAGGACAGUGCAGUCGGCCAGCCCAGAUGUGGGAUCUGCUCCUGGACAGAUCACCCUGGGCGGAGGGCAGUCCUCUGGGGCCCAGACCGAGGCAAUGAAGCAGGUCCUGGGCGUCGUCGACAAGAAGGUCCGCAACAUGGAGAAGAAAAAGGGCAAGCUGGACGAUUAUCAAGCCAGGAAGGACAAAGGGGAGCGUCUCAACCAGGACCAGCUGGAUGCCCUGACCAAGUAUCAGGAAGUGACUAAUAACCUGGAGUUUGCCAGGGAGUUACAGAAGAGCUUCCUCUCACUGGGGCAAGAUAUCCAGAGGGUGGUGAAGAAGGCAGUGAGGCGGGAGCAGCUCCAGAGGGAAGAGUCUGAGCAGAAGAGGCUGAAGACGAUCCUGGAGGUCCAGUUCCUCCUGGACAGGCUGGGGGAGGACCGUGUGAGGCAGGAGCUGAGACAGGGGGCCGCCGGGGGAGGCACCCCCUCACUACUCACCGACACGGAGCUCACUGCCCUGGAUGAGCUCUAUAAACUAGUGGGACCAGAACCACACCAAAACACCAGGUUUACUGACCAGUACGAGGAGGCUUCUCAACACCUCAUGGAUCUGUUGGAGGGGAAGGACAAAGCUGUGGCAGGAACUACGUACAAAGCGCUGAAGGACAGCCUGGACCGGGUGCUGCUAAGCGGGUACUUUGACCAAGCCCAGUCCCACCAGAAUGGAGUGUGUGAGGAGGAAGAGCCGGCUGUAGUGAAGGAGACUGAGGAGCAGGCCGUCGACCCAGAGGGAGAAAUAGUUGACGAUUACAUAGAGCCCGUUGAGGUGGAAGCUACAGAGUUCGUUAACAGACAGUUCAUUCCAGACACCACAUACAGCAGCUGCGACAAGGAGCAAGGAGAUGAGUGGACCUCAGAAACGGAGGAGGGGAGUGCCAUCCUGCAACAGCCUGUACAGUCGGCCCCUCCCCCCAUCGUCACGGAGGCCCAACCCCUGAACGGGGCCGCACCCACAGGCACGCCCCCUGCAAACUCGGUGGUCAGGAAGCAGGUGGUCCAGGACCUCUUGUCACAGAUGCAGGGGCCUUACAACUUCAUGCAGGACUCUAUGCUGGAGUUUGAUGGGCAGCCCAUCGACCCAGCCAUCGUAUCAGCCCAGCAUAUCGACCCAGCCAUCGUGUCAGCCCAGCAUAUCGACCCAGCCAUCGUGUCAGCCCAGCAUAUCGACCCAGCCAUCGUGUCAGCCCAGCACAUCGACCCAGCCAUCGUGUCAGCCCAGCACAUCGACCCAGCCAUCGUGUCAGCCCAGCAUAUCGACCCAGCCAUCGUGUCAGCCCAGCAUAUCGACCCAGCCAUCAUGUCAGCCCAGCAUAUCGACCCAGCCAUCGUGUCAGCCCAGCCCAUGAAGGCUCCAGCACAGAACAUGGACCUGCCUCAGAUGGGCUGUCCCCCAGUCCACCCAGAAUCACGCCUCUCACCACACAACACUGUUCCCCUACAGCCUGAGCCCACGCAAGUCCCCAUGUUGUCCCCCACGCCUGACGUCUACUCCACGCCACCUCCCAUGUACCGCUCGUCACACACGCCAGAACCCCGACCACAGACUGACUCCAUCGACACCAUCCAGGUGUCCCUGUCGACAGAGCAGCCCCCUGCCUCCUCUGAGACCCAGCAGGUCUUCCAGCCUGUCAACGUCUCCAAACCCCCACACAGCUCCGGCAUCAAUGUCAACGCAGCACCAUUCCAGUCCAUGCAAACAGUAUUCAACCUCAACCCCCCUGUCCCGCCAGGCAAUGAGACGGAAGCCUUGACCCAGGCCAGCCAAUACCAGAACAGCUACAGCCAGCAGGGCUUCAGCAGCCAAUCACAGCAGCUCCCUGUGGAGCAGACCGAGAUGCAGACGGAACCGCUGCAGUGUGUGGCUGGUGCCUUCCACACCCAGGACCCAUCCCUGCCCAGCCAGGACCUGCCCCAGGGACAGCAGCCCGGCCAGCAGGGUUCAGGGUUUGGCCCCGGGGCCGGUCGACAGGCCCAGCCCUUCUACAACAGCAGAGGCAUGACCCGCGGAGGGCCACGUAAUACCCGCGGCCUAGCCAACGGAUACAGAGGUGGUUAUGACAGUUACCGGCCUCCCUUUGCCAACACUCCUAACUCUGGAUACCAACAGGCCCAGUUCAACACACCUCGGGACUACUCCAACGGUGGCAACUACCAGAGGGGGGACGGUUAUAAUCAGAACUACAAGCGUGGAGCAGGUCAGGGACCCAGAGGGGUGUCUCGAGGAGCCAAUGCCCAGGCCAUGAGGUCCUGAUCGGGCCUGUGUUUGACUGACUGACUCUGACUCUGACUGCUGGUUCCAAUUCACUCCCUACCCGUUGUCCUUGGCCCUAACAUUUCAUUGUUUUCAGAUCUAAGGGAACACACACACCGCACCGAAUGUUGAUCUGCCGUUUGUUCGGCAACGCUGUGUAUUAGGGACCACCUGCUCGCUGGUGGACGUCUGACUGACGACAUUUUCGUGCGAUUCUACGUGUAUAAAUCGGUUUGCAGUCGGCACUCUGUUCAGAGGUGAUAAGUACUCUUAGCUGGUAAAAGCUACUGGUGUGUCUUGAGUCUUUUUAAAAUGUCUGGAUACGUAUAACAGGUGUAGGGGUGGACUGACUUAGGUCUCUUUGUCCAGGGUGGGACAUAAGGAUGCAACAAUCAUGUGUGGAUGUGGAGCUUCCAUCAUAUUGCUUACUUGAGUCUUACAGAUCUGCCAAAAUGUAAGGGUUAGGUCCAAGGUGGGGGGUAAGGAGCGAAUUGGGACAGGUUUUGACUGACCGACAACGUGCCAUGCCACACUUAAACAUUCAAGAUAUCCAGAAUGCAUUUUGCCCCCAGCUCACUUUUAUUUGUCCUUUUUGUUGUUCCUCAUCAGUUAUUUUUCCUGGCUUUUGGAUCAAAGUCAUGCCUGCUUUGAUAUUUAAAAAAAUGAUUGUUUUAAAAUGAGUCUGAAUACACAAGCCAAGCUGUAAAUCUGACAAACGGUUUUAAGCAACCCUGUUUUUGAAACAAAUAUUCCUGUAAACUUGAAAUAUUUUUUGUGUAUUUUUUUUUUUAAUGACAUAAAACACAAAAAUUCUGCCACUGCUGGUCCGAGCGUCCGGGAGUACUUUUUCGUUCUCUUGGCCAGUCCCCCCUUUUUUUGUUUUGUUCACAUACCUUCAUUUUGGGUUCUAAAAAAAGUAUUUUGGUUUUUAAGUUUUUAAAAGAAGCUCUCAAUUCCUCAGUUUGUAAAUUGAUGUUGCAUCAAGAGUUUCAGUGUUGUUGCAUCAAGAAUUUCAAUAAAGAUGUUGCAUUACCCUUGA